UAUUUCCCGAUACAUAUUAUGCAAAUACACGUUUCCAAUUAGAUUUCCACACACCUGGACGAGCCAUACUACAUUUCCCAUUCCGAUCACCAUCACCGACACGACCCACGAAUAUUCAAACGCCCAUUUUGCUAAAACGAGGCACCAAAAUCCACGAUAAGUUGACACCUUUCCAUGUGAGAUAUCCACAAACGUAAUCGCCAUAAUACGCACGCAUCUACUGCGCCUAUAAUUCGCGUGUGCCAAGCUAGCAUAAACAGAAUCACGCAAUUACCAACUUUGUUUCAGCCUAUGAAGUGUCCAACGGUAUCAGUUGGGUCGAUUCGGCAAAAGCAGCUCGAGGAAAGAAAAACGAACGAGAAACUGCUGUUUGAAACUGUUUUUUCCAAGCCAUCGCGGAAGAUCAUCGAUCGGCGUGGAAUAAACGCGGAAUAAAAGUGCGGAUCGACGACGUUGGAAAUCAUCGCCUUGGUAACCACCGACAAAACACACUUGGUCGUCGAGAGUUGGUCGUGGACACGUUGCGUGGUCGAGGAACACCACGAUAUCUCGAGGAUUCUCUCUAUAUAUGGAUUUUUCGGUCAGAUUCGAUUCACGUCUAGAAAGACGUUGAUCUCUCGACAUCGGUUUUUUUCUUCUGUCUGACAUGACAAUUCUGGAGGAACUCGACUCGAGGCCUCGGGCAUUCAGCAGCUGACGGCAACCAGGCGAUCGUACAUCCGGGGAAAAGCGCUCAACGCUUGGCCAAAGAUGGAUCCCCGACUCUUCUGGAUCGUCUGUUUCGGUUUGAUCGCGAUCCUCAUUUCGAAAGGAUGGGCCAUCGAUUGUUUCAAGUGCGUCUCGAUCGACGGUGACAAUAAGCCCUGCGACGAUCCGUUUCACAACAACGGAAGCCUCGCCUUCUUAGAGUCGCCUUGCUUGGGAGGUCGCAAAGGGCGCGAUGGUCUUUUCCCCGCGACUGCGUGCAUCAAAAUAGCGGGCAUAUAUGAUGAGUCCGGGAUCUCUUUGACGGUGAGAAGCUGCGCGCUGGACAGCGGAACUCUAACGACCGACUCCGAAAUCAUAAGAAUGUCUCAUUGUGGAGGGUUUUAUUUCGACGACAAAUAUGUUCGAGGUUGUGUACAAUCAUGCAACGAUGCAGACGCCUGCAAUGGAUCUACGCGGCAAGCAAUUUCACUCAUACUUUUAACUCUAUCGAUUUUUCUUGAACUAAUUUGCAUCACGUGAAACUAAACUAAGUAACAUCACAUGUUAAAUAAAUGAUAGACAAUUAUUGUAUAUAUACAUAAAAAAGAAAUUACCUGUAUAAUAUUAAAUUGUCCCAAAAAUUCUUUUUGUUAUUUG